AGCCCCUCGCGUGGCCUCUGACUCUUAAGCCCUGCGGCUUCAAAGUUUCAGAGUUACGGAGUGACUGUGGCGGCCUCCCCGGCUCGGCUUCCUUCCUCUCCUGCAGCGCGCGCUUGGGGUGGGAUAUGACCUUGCAUUUGAAUUUGCGCUUUGGGGACCCGGCCGCUCGCCCUCUAGCCAAGGAAAUCUGGAGGACUUCUAAAAGUUUUUUUUAACCCCCUAAAAUGAUUUUGCUCUAAUUUAAAAGCUUGGGUUUCUUUCGUUGCUGUUUCUCCACGUAGCAAUGAUUUUUUCCCCCCUCUGGCUGAGUUUAGCUGCCUGGAUGGUGUCAGGGGUAGAGGGUACAGAGUGAGGUACCGAGCCCCCUCGGAAGGUUUGGGAUGGCAGGCUGGCAGAAAAUUUAUCCUGGGGCCUGGCUCAGGGACCCGACAUCCCGUCGCCAGCCCCCUGGGGCCUAGGUCCUUCCUCCUGAGAGCCACUGUCUAGUUCGCCUCGGAGCCGACUUAGGGAAGCCCGGGAGGCCGAGGUCGCCUCUCCACCGUGGUCCCCACCCCGGGCUGGACACAGCGGAGAUGUAACAUAAACUGCAGCACGUGGAGUUGGGGUGUUAUUAAUUUAUUCCUAUAAAUCAUCAACAGAAAGUACACAAAACGUGAUUAGGUUGAAAAGAGAGGCGGGUUAUUCAUUGGUGAAGUUGUAAACUCGGCUUAGAAAGGGAAGGAAAUCAAAACGCAGGAGGGGGUGCUCGCCGGACACACGCGCGGAGGUACGGGACGCACCCCCAGGUCCCCGCGCUGCUCCGGGAAGCCGACACCCGCAGAGCUCUGCGGGCGCAAGUCUCUGAGUCCGGGGUCUUAGGACCUGGGCCUUCUUUCCACCCCCAAGCCAUGGGGAGCAGAAGGAGAGGAGUCCAGACUCUAGCUGGGCGAGGACCCGUGGAGGGCUGCCAAAAUGAUCAAGGGAUACAUGCAACAGCACAAUAUCCCCCAGAGGGAGGUGGUCGAUGUCACAGGCCUGAACCAAUCCCACCUCUCUCAACACCUCAACAAAGGCACCCCCAUGAAGACCCAGAAGAGAGCUGCCCUGUACACUUGGUACGUCAGAAAGCAACGGGAGAUCCUCCGACAGUUCAACCAGACAGUCCAGAGCUCUGGAAACAUGACAGACAAAAGCAGUCAGGAUCAGCUGCUGUUUCUCUUUCCAGAGUUCAGUCAACAGAACCAGGGGCCUGGGCAGUCGGAGGACGCCUGCUCCGAGCCCACCAACAAGAAGAUGCGCCGCAACCGGUUUAAAUGGGGGCCCGCAUCCCAGCAAAUUUUGUACCAGGCCUACGACCGGCAAAAGAACCCCAGCAAGGAAGAGAGGGAGGCCUUAGUGGAGGAGUGUAACAGGGCAGAAUGUUUGCAGCGAGGGGUCUCCCCUUCCAAAGCCCACGGCCUAGGCUCCAACCUGGUCACGGAGGUCCGUGUCUACAACUGGUUCGCAAACCGCCGGAAGGAAGAGGCGUUCAGGCAGAAGCUGGCCAUGGAUGCCUAUAGCUCCAAUCAGACGCACAACCUGAACCCCCUGCUCACCCAUGGCUCCCCUCACCAUCAGCCAAGCUCCUCUCCACCCAACAAGAUGUCAGGAGUGCGCUACAACCAGCCGGGAAACAAUGAGGUCACUUCCUCUUCGACAAUCAGUCACCAUGGUAACAGUGCCAUGGUGACCAGCCAGUCGGUUUUACAGCAAGUCUCCCCAGCCAGCCUGGACCCAGGCCAUAGUCUCCUCUCACCUGACAGUAAAAUGCAGAUCACAGUGUCGGGAGGAGGACUGCCCCCCGUCAGCACCUUGACGAAUAUCCACAGCCUCUCCCACCACAAUCCCCAGCAAUCUCAGAACCUCAUCAUGACCCCCCUGUCUGGAGUCAUGGCCAUUGCACAGAGCCUCAACACCUCCCAAGCCCAGGGUGUCCCAGUCAUUAACAGUGUGGCUAGCAGCCUGGCAGCCCUACAGCCCGUCCAGUUCUCUCAACAGCUGCACAGCCCUCACCAGCAGCCCCUCAUGCAGCAGAGCCCAGGCAGUCACAUGGCCCAGCAGCCCUUCAUGGCCGCAGUGACUCAGCUACAGAACUCCCACAUGUAUGCACAUAAGCAGGAACCCCCUCAGUAUUCCCACACCUCCCGGUUCCCAUCUGCAAUGGUGGUCACAGAUACCAGUAGCAUCAACACUCUCACCAGCAUGUCUUCCAGUAAACAGUGUCCACUGCAAGCCUGGUGAUCCUCACAUAACCCACUCACUCUGUGCACAGCAACAAGGACCCCAUUUUCCACACCAUCAGUCUCUGGGGAAGUCCAGCAACCAGACAGGCACCUGGGAGCCCAGGAGAGGGCCCUGCUCACCUGACAUCCUGCCGGGCACCUCAGAUAAGCCGCUCCAGAGAGCUGCAGCCCGAAGCCCAGCUUCCCUUCUUUGCAGUAUUGUCAUGAUGCCUCUCCUAAGAUGCCAAGUGCUCUUGUGUCCCCCAGAGGCGGCCGCUGCGGAAUGGUGCAACGAGAAGGGAGAAACCUGUGGAGUCUCCCCUGCAACCCGUCAUCGAACAAACUGAUGCAAAAACUUGAAUCUGUUACUGAAAUAAGAUGAGGACCAAGGAGGGUGUGUGCUAAUGAACUGAGCCAGACACUGUAUAUACUGACAGACCCCCCCCCUCCCAUCCCAGAUGAUCUCAAGAUUUCUUCUAAAGAAGUAAAUUUGUCCAAUGGGUGUAAACUAUAAACUACUGUAAUUAAGUGCAAUUUUCCUUCCACGUAUCUACCCCUGCCCUGUAUAUAAUACUAAAGUGUCUAUCACUUUUCUUUGUAAAGGUCAGAGUUGAAAUUUCAAGAGUGACUUGCUUCCUCCCCCUCCCUUUCCCCCACCCGAAACCACCGAAAGUGGGAAAUGAAUCUCUUCACCAGCAUCCCUCUGGCCACAGGGAUAGCAUACUUUGGACCGACUGCCAGCUAACACUCCCCACCCCCAUGUUAAGACACAUCUCUGGAUUCCUAGAGGGAUGGGACAUAAUGGCAGCAAGAUGGCCCUAGCUCCCUGUGGGCCUGGGCAGGGACACUGACUGGCUGACAGCCAUCUCAGGAAGCCUCCCAUUAAAGCAAUUUAUUUUGUCACUGC